GCACUUGUUCGUGAAGCUCGCUACUACAUUGACUACUGAGAGGCAAAGACCCCGCCAUCGCCAGGUAUAUCAAUACGAUCUCCAUUUCGAAGAACGCCCCGAACUUAAUACAUGAUGUCUACAGUUCGGAACCCCUCUCGACACAACAUGUCGUCCCGAUCCCGCCCAAACAGGCGUUUCAACAGUGUUCAAAACAGUGAUCGAAUAUCGCGAAAUCCUUCUCGAGCGCGAGCGAAGACAAUCAGCUAUACCGAUGCGUAUACGUUUGCCCUUAGGGUCGCAUACCUUCACCAUCUCUUGACGCCCAAAGCGAAACGAAAACAAUGGGUUCCCGCACCGAAGCAGCCCAAGCCUAGGAAGACUGUGAUGAUUGGAGAUCUGGUGCAGGAAUUUUCCCUAAUCAAGGACUCGAAGAGCGCGAAGUUCCCUCAUGGGUUCAUGUCACCACUCGAGAAGCGCAUGCAGAAUGUCGUGGUAGGAUCGGAGAGGUUGCCAGGAUACAAUGACAAGGCAGUCAAGAGGACAUUCGCUGAAGCAUAUACAGCGUUCACAGACCCUGGAUUCAGGAAGCGCAUGGACAAAGAAAGGCGAGUCGAAGAUCUGGUCUUAAUCUUCUAUUCGAAGGCCACCGCUUCAUUACAAAAAGGUGCCGCUCCAGAUGACGAUUCCUGGAAAACUCUCGUGGACCGCCACGUUGCUCUUUUCGUCCGCUUGAUCAGCCAGACCUUAAAGGAUCAUGGUAACGACAAGGACAAACCUGAACUUAUGAGCCGUUUGGCGACUUUGGAAAGUAAACUCCUGACAUUCGACCAAGAUUUAUACAUCGAUUCUGGAGACGGACCUGGCGGAAGUACUAUUGAGGUCGUAGUACCCCUCAGUCAAGAUGUCAAGGAUAUGCCGAUGGUUCAAACUGUGGCAAGGAUUUUUGGUCUAACACACUCACAAAUCCAAGGCGAUAUUGACAGUAACAAGAAGACUUGGACCGAGGAAGCUGCACUUGCGGAUCUAAAAGCAUACCAGCAUUGUCUGAAUGCAGGAACCAAACGCACACUUCGCAGCGAAGAUUUUGAUAUCGAGGAAGCAUACCAAGCAUGGAAGAAAGCAGAAGGUCCAGAUUUAUCCCAGAUGAUGUCUGAGAUAUUACAGGCCAGACCAGAGCUAGUGAAGUCUGUCUCUGGAUCGAAUAAGCCACUUCCUCCUGUCAUCUCGUCAGUAUCAGCCAGUGAAGAUCAGGCAUACUCGGACCUCGCUAGAACCAUUUCUAGCCCAAUCGAUCAAAAUGUAUCAUACGCAUUCGACCAACCCGUAGACAUGAGUGGGUUGUCCCUCGAAGAUGACCAGCCUAGUCGACACUUUUUAGAGGAGUCCACAUAUACUUUUAUUCCAUCAGAACCUCGAGCUUAUUACAGGGCAAUUCUAACUCAUGCCAUGAUAUUCGAUCAAUUGCAUGCUCCUCAAUCGUCGGAAGGAGUACCUGGUAGUCCUCCAAUAUCAAAACAGUCCAUUGAAUUGCUCACGGAGAUAUGCGUUCGUUGGCGAAUUCCCCAGUUUUCCAGACUCGUUUUGUUCCUGGACGUUUCUGCGCAGCGAUUCUUAGAUCAAGAAAUGGGACUGGAAGAACUCGAUGCUGCAUUUGAGUUUGUGAAGAACCCACCUCCCGAGACGAAAAGAUCAAGUGCACACUCUCACCCGACCAGUCUCUCAUCGAUCGACCAAAGCCAUUGGACAAUCCAAGACUUCGCCCUUUAUCGUCAGGUGCUGUCUAGCUUGCAUGAAGGCCUUCUUCGUGAUGUGUAUGAUCUACUCCAGCACUGCUAUGAACAGAAACCACCUUCUCCAGGUCCUGUGCUGAUGGUAUUGGAGACUCACAUAGAAAGUGACCCAUCUUUUACUGUCGGCCCUGGAGAGCUUGAAGCAUUCCAAGCACAAUUAGCUGAAGGGCUUCAUACCAAGGCUGCAGCGGUCUAUAGAGGUUAUCUUGAAGCCGAAGUGCCACAGAACCAGGAAGAGUGGCAAUUUUAUCAUGUUGUUCAACUUGGAAAGUCAGUGGUCAAGCUAUGUGAACGAAUCCAGAAGAGAUAUCGGAAGAAUCCUGAGAUUAUGGGAGUCAAUCCACUCACCAUUCUGGUUGAGACCAUGUUCCCCAGCUUUGAAAAUGACGCCCACGAUCUCAUCCAGCGUAUCCUUCAUGUGGCUCAGACCAAGAAUUCGGAAGUUGAUUUGCAAGAUGGGUUUGAUCUUUACAGAGAAUUGGUUGAGAUUCGUAGCAUCCACCACGCAGCUCUUCCGGAACGACCAUUCGCGUUUCACAUUGAAGGUCUUCUUGCGGACUUUGUCUGGCGAUGGAUUCGCGUGUCCGAGUCGAAGAUGGUAGACCUUGUCGACCAGGCCAUUAAACAGGACCAGUUCCAAGUCAGAUCAGAGCAUCCCGAACAGCCAGCUACAGAUGAUGAACGUCACAGCGUAUCUAUUAUAGAUGUUUUCCGGCUGUUUAAUCAGACAGCAGAUCAGAUCUUCCAACUCAAUUGGGAUGACGACGUUCAAUAUGCAAAGUUUAUGACUGCUUUAUCAAAGUCCUUUGGCGUUGGUAUUGCGAGGUAUUGUGAAGUCAUCGAGCAAAGGUUCGCCAAAGAGAUGGAUCGACUUUCACCAGCACAAGAAGCUGCUGCUGCACAGACUAAGCAAGAGAAGUGGAUGCAGCUAGCCAAGGACGCCUGGAGCAAUAAGGAAAAGAUCGAACCCUUCCAAUUCUACCCAGAGUCUUUUGUGAAGCUAAACAACAUCGAGUAUGCCGUGCAACAGCUCGAUGUACUUGAAAAAACUAUGAACGUCGAUGCGUGCGCUGAUGUUAUAGCUAAAAAUGCACCACCGAAAGAUAAACAGAAGCGGCCCUCGAAAUAUGUCUUCACCAUCAAGGUUGUGGAGGCAGAGGAGCUUAAGGCGUGUGAUCCAAAUGGAACUAGCGAUCCGUAUGUUGUUUUAGGAGAUGAAUACCAGAAACGCUUGGCCAAGACCAGAGUUGUCAUGAGAAAUCUCAGUCCACGUUGGGACGAGUCGGUCGACAUUACGGUGCAAGGACCCUUGAACAUCAUCGCAACUAUCUGGGAUUGGGAUACCUUCGGAGACCACGACUAUGUUGGCCGGACAUCACUCAAGCUGGAUCCUGCUCAUUUCAGCGAUUACAUGCCGCGGGAGUACUGGUUGAAUCUGGAUACCCAGGGAAGAUUGCUCCUCCGUGUAAGUAUGGAAGGAGAGAGGGAUGACAUCCAAUUUUAUUUCGGAAAGGCUUUCCGUCUGCUGAAAAGGACGGAGAGAGACAUGAUUCGAAAGAUCACAGACAAGCUGUCCCAAUAUAUCAAUGCCUCCUUAUCGCACGAAGCACUGAGGCACCUGUUGUCUCGAGGAGGCUUGUCUUCCGCUGUGACAAAUCUUUGGAAGAGUAGACAAUCAGUCGCACCGGCGCUCACGCAAGUCGAUAUCGAAAAUGCGUUGAAGCCACUGUUCAACUAUUUCGAUGAGAACUUUGCCAUUAUGAAGCAAACCCUGACAGAUGCUUCUAUGGUUAUGGUCAUGACAAGACUAUGGAAAGAAGUUCUCCUUGCCUUGGAAGGACUACUAGUUCCACCUCUUUCAGACAAGCCAUCCAGCCAACGACCACUUACUCAGCAAGAAAUGGACAUUUGUUUCAAGUGGUUGGAGCUACUCUUUGAGUUCUUCCACGCCCGAGACGAGGAGACUGGAGAGGCUAUGGGUGUGCCGGCAGAUGUACUAAAGUCACCAAAAUAUCACGAAUUGGCUUCUUUGAAUUUCUUCUACUUUGAUUCGACAGACAACCUCAUUCGCACAUCAGAGCGCAUGGCCACCGCAUCAGCACAACGGGCUAAUCAACAGCGGAACCGACUUUCAGCACCGGCAAGUCUAGGUGCUUCUUUUGGAGGAUUGAUGGGUGCCACGUCAAUGCGAAGAUCAAAAAGUAUCAUGAUGAGUCGAAAUCUCGGAACCAUGAAGAAAGCCAAGGAAGAGAAGAGGAAGGAAGCACAAGCCGAUCCAAGUGAUGACAUGAUUCUGAGGAUCCUGAGAAUGCGACCGGAGGCUGCGAAUUAUCUGAGAGACAGGAGUCGACAGAAGGAAAGACUGGCUGCGGCAGCAGCAGCUGAGAUGAUAGUGAGGCAGAGUCUGGCUGCGGGUGGUCCACAAUUUGGUCGGAACAAUCUACCCAGGCGUUAAUUCGUUGCCUUGUGAUAUGCAUUGCGAAGGUGUUCCGGGAGCGUAGCAUGUGGCGAGCUUUGAUGGAUUAAUUGGCGGCGUUGGAAGAGAUACCAUAUCUUUUAUGACAAAUGAAUGUUCUGUUAGAGUAGUGGGAUGGAUUACUGUAUGUCC